UGUGCACGCCUGUGCUAAAAACAGCGUAGCUCCCGGCUCGGCCGCCGGCGAGGGGAAAUUUUGCUUCUUCCAGGGGUUUGUUGCAGGGACGUGAUGCAAAGACGUGCUGGAGCACCCUGACUCAGCACGGCGGCGGUGGGAGACCCGGGGGGCAAAACAAGGAGCAUCUUCUCGUGGCAUCGGGGCAUGCGUACGCCAGGGGAUGAGUGACGAGCAGCUCCCUGCAUCUCCCCACUGCCCCGCCACUGAGGGAGACGCCAAUGUCUCGGCCUCCGGCUGCCCUGAGCACUGGGUCGAGCCCCGGUUCACGCAAGCGGCGAGGGUCCGCGUGAUCAUCACGGCCAUCUUCUUCUUGCUGGCGGCGGGCAGCAACGCGGCAGUGCUCGGCAGCCUGCUGAGGAAGAGGAGGAAAUCCCACGUGCGGCCACUGAUCCUCAGCCUGGCACUGGCCGACCUGCUGGUGACAGUGGCGGUGAUGCCCCUGGACGCAGCGUGGAAUGUGACGGUGCAGUGGUAUGGAGGGGACGUCUCCUGCAAGCUCCUCAACUUCCUCAAGCUCUUCGCCAUGUACGCGGCCGCCCUGGUGCUGGUGGUCAUCAGCCUGGACCGGCACGCGGCCAUCCUCCAUCCCUUCUCCCGUGCUCGCCGCCGCAACGGGCUGCUGCUCCGCGCCGCCUGGGCCAGCAGUGUCCUCCUGGCUUCGCCCCAGCUUUUCCUCUUCCACCUGCACACGGUCCCGGGAGGGAACUUCACCCAGUGCGUUACUCACGGGAGCUUCCGAGCGCACUGGGAGGAAACUGUCUACAACAUGUUCACCUUCACCACCCUCUACAUCACCCCCCUGAGCGUCAUGAUCGUUUGCUACACCCGCAUCAUUUGGGAGAUCACCAAGCAGCUAAAGAUCAAUAAAGGUUUGAUAAGAAAUCAAAACGACCACAUCUCCAAGGCACGCAUGAAGACUCUCAAGAUGACCAUAGUGAUUGUUGCCACCUUCAUCAUCUGCUGGACCCCAUACUACCUCCUGGGCUUGUGGUACUGGUUCCAGCCAGCCAUGAUCCAGAAGAUGCCAGAGUAUGUCAACCACAGCUUCUUUCUCUUUGGCUUGCUGCACACCUGCACCGACCCUGUCAUUUAUGGACUGUACACCCCCUCCUUUCGGGAGGAUGUGCAGUUGUGUCUCAGGGGCAUUGAAACAGCCUUUACCAGGCAUGAGAGACACAAACCCAUCUCAGUCUCGGAGAAGAACAUCAAGGAUGGCGGUGUAACUGGUGGGGUGGGAUCAGGGGGCUCCAACGGGACAACUGUCAACACGGUCUGCUGAAGAGACGUACCCACAAGAAGAUGGGAGGAACAGCUUUGGGGGCUGCUUUGUCCCAUAGGAUCGUUCUGGAGACUGGCAUAAGGAGUUUUGCCACCCAGCUUUGAUGGGUGAGGGUCUUUGGCCAGAAACUGGGAGCAUGUCUCCUGCCUGUACUCAGGGUGAAAAACAUUUGGGGGUGUUAAUGGUUAUUCUUGCAUAUUCUGGCAGCCCUGUGACAGCUAGAAAACCAUCCUUUUUGUACCCUAUGCAUGCCUUAGCCCUGAUUCUGGGAUCAAGCAUCUGCCACGCUUCCAGCAUCGGCCCCUGGGAGGAGACACGCUGGCUCCUCCAUGGCCCAGGGCCACACGUCCCAGGGUGGCCAACCUGUAAGUGCCCUUUUGCACCUACACUGAAGUCCGGAGCUACACAGAUGCACAGCGCUGCGUGGCAUCACCCUGACAGGCGGCAAAGGUGCAAUCACAGGCUUUUACUCCAUUUUCUCCACCCGCUGUAGGAAGGGCUCUCUGGAAAUUUUGGCUCUCCUGGCUCAGAACCUACCUGGUUCUCCCACGGCCAUGUGUGAAACCCUGGGAAGGAUGUAAACCUUUGGGGAAUGACUAAUGCAGGGGCAUUAGUCCCCCCGGGCUGCCUCCGUGGCGAGGAGCGAGAAGGUGCUGUGGGGAUGGAGGGACUUGGGCAGCAGGAGUAUGAAGAACUACUGUAGGAUGGGAUAGGAUGGGAUGGGACAGGGUUUCUUCUCCCUUUCGGGCACAACCAGAAAGGAAAACAGCCCCUGCUGCCUUGUUCUGGCAGGCAGGGGGUGGUAGGAACACAUCCUUACGUAGCAGCUCUCUGGGACACAGGACUGAGCAGGUGAGAGAAUUUUUGGGGUAACCAGAGGGUGACGCAGCCCAGCCCCUCUUGACUGUCUCUGUCCCCAGCCCCUCUCCAGGGUACGAGCUGACAGGUCUCAGCCCCGUCCCCAGCAGCCGGCACAGGCUGACGGGAGUAAGCCCCACAUUUUGCCCUCUCCGUUUUCUCCUUUAUACACAUUUUCUUUACCUUAACGGCUUGACCCAACACCAGCACCUCGUCUCUGCCCCGAGCAGGGUGGGCGCAGCCACCCCGCAGGUGGUGCCUGGGCUGUCCCAACGAGGAAGGUGAUGGGAACCACCUGUGGGGGGAGGGGCCCAUCGGCAUCCACAGGUACCAGCUGGGUGCUGAUGGUCCCUUGGCUGCACUGGGAGGGCAAGGCAGGCUGCUGGAGGACAUCGCCUGAGCUGUGGUGAGUAAAAUGGAUUUUUAGCUUUUCACCAACAUGCCGUAAGCUGCUUGUGAAGGUGGAUGUCUCUUCUCUGGGUGGGGGGUUGAAGAGGCGGCUUUAUUCAGCUGUGUUGUUCCUUUCUGUGGAAUUGAAAACAGUGGAUUAUUUCUUUGUUCAUUCUCUGCUGAUUGUUAUCAAACGCAUUUUUUGCUUUUGAAGAGAAAUUUAGCUCUGAGCCAGGUGGGGUUGUUUUUUUGGUUUUGUGAAAUCUUUGGGCAGCUCAGGAGCUCUGGGCUUGGCAGAAGGCCGUUCCCUGGACGUUUCUGUGGUGACUGCAGUUUUGCAUGAGCAUCUGGGCUUUAUCAGGAUGGAAGAGCUUUGUUUUAAAAACAAUUCCUGACUUGCUGUGGUUGCGUGUGUAGAGAAGCUGGGAGAUGUCCACCCCCAAGAAAUCAGAUUUCCUUUGGGCACUGAGGGUGUUUCUCAACCCUGUCUCUAAGAGGGGAUGGAUUCACAUCGGUUGGAAGGAUCUGGGCUGGUCUCCUAGUGCCCCAGCUAACAAAUUAUUAAAAUUGGAGAGGUGGCGAGUGGUGUUUGUGUGUUGGCUGAGGCUGGGCAGUGAGGAUACGUGAAGCCACAGUGUUCAGGGUGAUGCCAAGCUGCGGAUGGGUGUCGAGCACUUGCCUUUCCCCACGCUAAGUAUCGUUUAUGCUAAACAUGCUGCCCGGGGAGAAAAAAAAUUCAAUUAGAGCUGCAGGAGCCCGGACAGGCUGGUGUGGAUUAGUGUGAGCCCUUUAGGAAGCAUCCAAACUCCAAUGAGAUGCGUAAUCACUGUUUGGCUUUCCUGGGCUCGUUCCGCUGGAGGUUAAUUACGCAACGCUAACGGGAGCGGGGCUCGCGGCUGCCAGGCUGGCUCGGCUCGGCCGGUGUGAAAAAGAGUUUCUUGUAAGGUGCUGGGAAUGACUUGCGGUAGGGAAAGCUAAUUUAUUCAUCAGAUACUCGUUUGGUCUCUCUGUUUAUAUUACUGAUGAUCGCUAAUGGGAGGCAGACCUCGAAGGUGUGUUGGUUUUCUGGCAAACCUCAAGUAGGCAGGAAAGUGUCUUUAAUCUCCUAAAAACAUUCUUCAUCUGCUUUCUGCUGAGUGGGAGAGAACAGGUCCAGUGUAGCUCACAUAUUUCAGGCCACUUGUCCCCUCUUGCACAGGGGCAGGAGAGCUCGGAGACCUCCUCUGAGGAGCACGAAGCACUUUUUCCCCUUGUAGGAGGGACCCACCACCUUUACAGCCCGUGGUUACGGUGAGAGGCCAGAGGCAGGUUUGGCUUUAGGCGAAGAGUAGGACAAUUGGGAUGCUGGCAAAGAUGCGCACCUUGGUCCCUGGGGGAAGCGCAGCCCAUCCCUCGGGAUGCUUGCAGACCCUCCAGCGCCGCUCCUUCUGCCCGCUUCUUGAUGCGUUCCCUCCCGUUCCUGGUGCUCGAGGCCGGCGUUUUGGGAAGCCCAGCGUGUGGGCAAGGUGCCCAAAGCGACAGCUUUCAUGAUAGAAGGAGAAUGUCACCAGAAGAAGGUGCUGCCAAGCCCUGUGCCCGGCGGAGGCAGGAAGGGGGAGCGGGCGGGCAGGCGGUACCUCCCUGGCGGAGAUGGGACAGCCCUUUCCCAGGUCGCUGGGGAUGAGGUGGACGAAAGCCCAGCCCUGGUUGGAACGUCCCUGCAUUUCUGGUUCUGCAUUUCUUAAAUCCGUUCAUGCUUUAGAGAGCAGAAGAUUUUUGCAUCGCUCAUCAGGAGCGCGGAGCCUCGCUCUUCCCUGCCCCGGGGAUGAUCCCGCUUCCUGCCGUGGUUCCGUCUCCCCACAUUGCCUCAAAGCCCUGGUCUUCAACAGCACCUGCCCUGCUCCUCAGCUGGCUCCUGAGAUCUCUCUGUAUAUACGUAUUUAUAUAGAUAGAUUAAAAAAAAAUACUUAUACAGUAUCUAUUUCCCCUUAUGGGAGGAAAAUUCUCCCACUUCCCCAAAAUCUGCCUGUUCCCCCUGAAAAACACCAGCUGCCACACUUCUCCUUACACUUACCGCAGGCUCGCGUUUGUCUGACUCGUAGCAGUUCCUCAAUGUUCCCCGCAGUAACGUAACGACCAUAUUAAUAAGCACAGGUAGCUCUAUAUUUUACAACUCCCCGACCUCACCCCGGGCUGCCCGCUGCAGGCACAGCGGCCCUUUGUUCGGGAGGAAAUUCUGAUUCAUUCCCCAUUAGCAUUUUUUAUAGUCCUGUGCGUGUUCAAAGAGCCACGCAAGUGGCUUAAGGGGUUAACGCCAACCUUGGGUUAAUUCAUAAUACCGUUAGUGGCUCGGCACAAUACUCGCAUUAAUUCAGCUGACUGCAUCUCGCCACGUUGGGAAACACAUGCCGAAAUCCGCAGGGAGCACAAGAAAACAAGCCUGGGAGUAGGAUAUUAAGUAUUUUGCUGGCCCGCUAAGGCGGAAUCGGAGCACCUUAAAUGUAUUUAUUUUUCCCGUUGCCUUUGAGGGCGGCAUUACCCGGCUCCGGAGCCGUGGAGCUGAAGCGCCGAGGAGGCUGUGCCCAGCAUCCCUGCAGGCCCGGGAGCGCGAGGGAAGGGGCACUCGAGAGGAGUCCGUGAGGACUCGGCUCCUGCCUGCAGCCACCUCUUUGUGCGGGUCUAUUUAAACCGCUCAAAGCAGA